CACGUUCGAGUUGGACUUUGUUGAUAGCGUCGCGUGGGAUCUGAUGCGCUACAAGGAGGAACUAACUAACUACAGAUUCAGGAACUUCUCCUUCUUUCUCUUUGAUACCUGACAAACAUGUCAUCAACAACUUCCAACCGAAGACAUCAUCUAACUCUGAUAGCUGCUCUUGGGGUUUUGUGUUCAGUGCUACUAUUUUUUGUUUACUUUAAACCCUCAUCUACUGCAUGUUCAUCUCGGUUGGAUGAUUUGCAAUUUUUGUCAAAGGGAGAUGUUUCCUCAUCUACCAAAAAGCCAGUGGAAAAGCCGCUUGUGUUGCUCUGGUUCUGGCCACUGGGUGUGAAAUGGAAUUUUGAAAUCUGCAAAACCCAUUUCAACAUCGAUAGCUGUGUUCUGACAGUUGACAGAUCCCUUUAUGACAAAGCAGACGGAGUGGUUGUUUUUCACAGAGACAUCAGCUGGGACCUGAAGAACCUGCCUCAGUCUCCUCGUCCACAUUUUCAGAAAUGGGUAUGGUUUCAUGUGGAAUCACCAACAAAUACUGCCAGAAUACCAGGUCUGGAAAACCUCUUUAACCUCACUUUGAGCUAUAGACGAGAUGCUGACAUCACAGUGCGAAAUGAAUUGACAACCGUGAAGACUGAAAAGGACAGUGAGUUUGUGCUGCCCAAGAAAGAUAAAUUGGUUUGUUGGAUUGUGACCAACAACAAUCCUUCAACUGGGACAGGAACCAGAGCAAAGUACUAUCAAGAGCUGGUCAAACACAUCAAGAUACAUGUUUUUGGUUCUGCUUUUACAGGGAGUCGUUUGAAGUAUGAGGAGUAUUACUCAACCCUUGCUAGCUGUAAGUUCUACCUUGCAUUUGAGAAUUCAAUCCACAGAGACUACAUCACAGAAAAGGUGAACGGACCACUUGUAGCAGGAACCAUACCGGUAGUCAUGGGCCCACCCAGAGAGAACUAUGAACAGUUUAUCCCAGCUGGUUCUUUCAUUCAUGUAAAUGACUUUACUAAUGAAAAGGCACUGGCUGACUUCCUCCUCCAAUUGGACAAGAAUGAUGAGAUGUAUGUAAGUUACUUCACUUGGAGGAGGUACCUUAAUGCCAAGCCCCACCUCCUGACAAUGCAGGAAGAGUUUAUUCAACCUGUUUGUUUAGCCUGUGAACACAUAGCCAGAGACAAAGGAUAUUAUAAUGUUGUCCACAACCUUUAUGAAUGGUACUUUGGAUGAGGGUUUAGCCAAAAUAUUGUAAGCACAGAAAAUAUUAUUUGAGCUUAUGGCUAUGUAAUUUUGAUUCAAAAUAUUAUGGUAUCAAUUUAAAGGAUGGGUAUUCAAGGUAUAAGGUUUAUUUUUUAUUAAACACUUUGGAGCAGCAUACACUGUAAACCCCAAUGUGCUGUCAUUACUCAAAACUUUUCAGGAAACCCAUUGCACUUAAAACCUUUUACUGCAGUGGGCUAAAUCAGCUGGUCACACAGUGAUUCUCCGUGGUCUUAAACAAAUCUACUUUGAAACCAAAGUAUACACCUUCCACACAUGGUUAUGGGCUUAUAAAAAAGAAGACACCUGUACCAUGUCAGAUAGAGUUGAAAUGUGUUACAUUGAGUUUCCAUUCCAUUUAAAAUACAUCACAGAAAACUAAACCCAAUCAAAACAGUUUAAUGUAGAAACACCAGGUUUGUAUUUUUUUAAUCUUCUUUAUUAAUUAUGGAAUUCUAAAAAAUAUGAAUAAUACUCCUCCCUUGAGGUCAAAGAUGGCGCUUUUAGUAAUUGAAUGCCGGAAUGGGCUACUAUAUCUGAAAACAGUUACUUAAAGUGAAUUUGUAGUCAUUACUCACAAUGAUAGAGUCACUGUGACCCUGUAGGACAGAGGUGUCAAACUCAUUCCAAGGAGGAGGCCUAGUGUUUGCUGCUUUUGGGGUUUUCCUUUUGAUGAAAAACUAGACACCCGGGUGAGGGGAGGAACUCUGGAGCUCUGUUAGAGUGACCAUUGUGUUCUUGGUCACCUCCCUGACCAAGGCCCUUCUCCCACGAUUGUUCAGUUUGGCUGGGCAGCCAUCUCUAGGAAGAGUCUUGGUGGUUCCAAACUUCUUCCAUUUAAGAAUAUUGGAGGCCACUGCGUUCUUGUGGACCUUCAAUGCUGCAUUUUUGGUACCCUGCCCCAGAUCUUUCCCUCUUCACAAUCCUGUCUAUGAGCUCUACGGGCAAUUCCUCGUGGCUUUGUUUUUGUACUGACAUGCACUGUCAACUGUGGAACCUUAUAUAGACAGGGGCGUGCCUUUACAAUUCAUGUCCAAUCAAUUGCAUUUACCACAGGUGGUCUCCAAUCAAGUUGUAGAAACAUCUCAAGAAUGACUCAUGGAAACAGGACUCCAUUUGAGUCUCAUAACAAAGGGUCUGAAUGCUUAUGUAAAUAAGCUUUUUUAAUUGUUAUAAAUGUGCAAAUAAAUCAACCCUCUGUUACUUGUUAUAUGUCCAUGGGACUGACUGACUGGCAUUCAUUCACUCACCCAUUCACAAUGUCCGUCACAAACUCCCUAUUUCACUGUCACCAAGGGCGUCAAGAGUACUGAAAUAAACUACUCAAGUAAAAGUACUGUUACUUUAAUGAAAUUGUACUCAAGUAGAAGUAAAUGUCACCAAUUUGUAAGUCGCUCUGGAUAAGAGCGUCUGCUAAAUGACUUAAAUGAUGUAAAUGUAAAUGUUCUAAUAAA